AUGGAUAAUGCUGGUGUGGUGGUUGUAAAGGAUGGGGAGAUCUCUGCUGAGGAAUUAGAGAAAUGCUUCAAUGAUAUGUGGAAGGUCAACUGGUAUUGGCAGAUUCGACAGCUUGGGCCUAAAAGAUUCCUGGUGAGAUUUCCUCCAAGCAAAAGGGUCAAGGAGCUGGUGGAAUAUCCCUCCAUCAACCUCAAAAAAGAUGGUGUGGUGAUAUAUUUUGUUAACUGGGAAGGUGAAGCAGAACCUUUUGAGGAAUUUCAGGAGGUGUGGGUUAGGAUUACUGGCAUUCCUGCUAAGUGGCUCACUUGGAAGACUAUUUGCCAGGUGUCCACUGCUCUUGGAGUUCUUGUUAAUAUUGACUGGCAUGGCAUCUUCAGAAGCUUCUACAAAGAGGUUAGAGUCAAAGUAUCUGUGAGGGACAAGUCCAAGAUCCCUGCCAAUAAGCUCUUUGAGAUGGAACAAUGCUUUUUCCUGAUUAACUUCCUGGUGGAGAAUGAGGGUGAGCCUAUUGAUCUAGAUGAUGAUGAUGGUGAGGAUCCUGGUUAUACUAAUGAAGAAGGCAAGCUUGAUGAUGAUGCUGAUAUUGGGGAUGACUUCAGGGCUCUGGACAAGAAUAAAUCUGGUGGGAAUAAUAGCAAAAUGGAGACUGAUCCUUCCAUUCCUAGUGGAAAUUCGGGUCCUAGGGCUGCUCAAAUGAGCCUGGAGACAAGUGUCCAAGCUAAGGUGUAUGGCAAGGAGGCACACAUCCCUAAUGAAAGUGUCUUGGUGGUGAGAAGAGCUGAGGAUAAUAUUGGGAAGAAUCUGAUUCAGCAGUUUGAUGAUGAGAGUGAUGAUGAUGUGGAAGAUAUCAAUGUUGGGAAGGAGGUCAUGGUGAGCAGCAAGCCUGAACUUCCUGUGCCUCCAAUGGCUUGGAAGGAGAAGAAGCAUUGGGGUCCUGUUCAAGCAACCAGGAUGAGUUCAAGAAUCCCUAGAGAUGGCAAGAGUGUGAUUGAAAAAGCUCAAGACCUCAAGAAGAAGAAAAACUUGGAGAUUCCCAAAGCAAACCAGAGGAGGAGAAAGAAACAGAUUUGUAAACUGAAGGGUGAAGAUGGGAUGGUUGAGGAUAAUAAAGGGAUUGUGGCGCCACUUACUCUACAACGUUGCUCAAUGGAAGAUUCUGUUGAAGGAGGAAGGAAGAGGGGUGCUGGCGGCGAUGUUGAGCAAGAUGGGGGGGGGGGUAGCUUGGCUGUCGCCGCUGCUGUUGUGGCCGGAGCCUGGUUAACCCCACAGAAGAGAGCGAGAACGACACUGGAGGUUUGUGACAUGAACUGCACAAGGGGGCUUGGUCCGAUGCUGAUCACUGCGGAGGAUCUGAGGAGAACCUUGGAAGCUAACGAGUUGUUCCUGGUAGGAGACGGUGCAAGGUUCCAAGUCCUUGGUCGGCCUUGA